CUGCACUACGGGACCCUCCUGGGCAGCAGAGCUUGUGUCCACAUGGCAGCAGCUGCCUGGGGCGCUGGGUUUCUCUAUGCUCUGCUGCACACAGCCAAUACAUUUUCCCUGCCCCUCUGCCAGGGCAAUGCUGUGGAACAGUUCUUCUGUGAAAUUCCAUCAGAUUCCUCAAGCUCUCCUGCUCACACUUCUACUGUCAGGGAGGUUGGGCUUCUUGUACUUAGUGCCUGUUUAUUUUUAGGAUGUUUUGUUUUCAUUGUGGUGUCCUACGUGCAGAUCUUCAGGGCAGUGCUGAGGAUCCCCUCUGAGCAGGGACGGCACAAAGCCUUUUCCAUGUGCCUCCCUCACCUGGCCGUGGUCUCCCUCUUUAUCAGCACUGCAGGGUUUGCCUACCUGAAACCCCCCUCCACCUCCUCGCCAGCACUGGACCUUGUGGUGUCAGUUCUGUACUCAGUGGUGCCUCCAAGACCGGCUGUGUAA